ACCACUAUCAGAGUCGCCGGGUGGAUGGAAUUAUAUUGUACUUACCUUAUUGAAUCAUUUUGGAGAGAUCCGGCGCACAUACAACAUGGCAACCGAGACUGGAGUCACCUGGUGGCAGUGGCUGGUGUGGACGCACGAUGUGAAGGAGCUGUGGGCGGCUCAGCCCUCUUACAUCAUCUCGCAGCUUGUCUACGUCAUCGCCGGGCUCCUCACACUCCUCCAUGCUUUCAGGAAAGGUGGUCGGUGGCCUUACUUCUGGCUGGGCACCGUGCUGCACGGGAUCUACGCUGAUAACUUCUGGCACUUCGUGUUGCCAGAGUAUGACAACUUCUGGCAUUCGCAAACCCCCGUCAUCUUCGCCGGGGGCCGGCUACCUUUGCACAUCAUAUUGCUUUAUCCAGCGUUCAUCUACCACGCGGCUUACGCCGUCUCCAAGCUAAACCUGCCUAGAUACGCGCAGCCAUUCGCCGUUGGACUGGUUACUAUCCUUAUCGACAUCCCUUACGACAUCGUGGCGGUAAAGUUCGUGCACUGGACGUGGCACGACACCGAUCCGAACAUCUUCGACCGCCACUACUGGGUUCCCUGGAACUCGUACUACUUCCACGCCACCUUCGCCGCCAGUUUCUACUUCUUCUUCGAAGCCAGCAGAAAGUGGUUCGCUCCCAAAGUCAACCAAUGGGCGUCUGCUGGCAAAAAAGUGGAAUGGAAGUCUCUGCUGGUAGCAGUGCUGCUGGGCAUGCCAGGCGGAGUGCUGCUAUUCGUGCCCAUCUACCACCCGCUGCACGACUUGUAUGGCAUCCACUCCGAGGUCACCUUCUUCGCACUCUUUGCUGUCUACGCAGUCAUCGUUCUCAACGGCCUCCUCAGCGACCGGGAAAAGACUAAAGAGAGACUGACAACGAUCGACUACGUGCUGAUCCUGCAGUUGGCGGUCCACUACAUCAUCUACUGGGCUUUCGUGGUCUUCUUCCACCCCGAGCGCGAGUGGUCCCUCGGUCUGCACGAGCCAGUCGGGCCUUGCAACGAGGUCGCCACGCUCACCACGCCUUUCGGACAGACGCUGCAGAAACGGAAAUACUUCUGCCCAGAAAAUUAUGAUGAAGGUUACUUCGACUUCCACUGCGUCAACAACCAGCGGCCCCAGGAUGGCGCCUCCUGGUACGUCAUCUGCGGAACGCCCUUUGAAAAUCGCAUUGAAUAUAUCACGGUGCUGUCUACCAUCCUCGUAACGGCGGCAGGCGUUUUUUACGGAAUUUAUUUUAAAACCCAAGCGCCAGCACCAGUAGCAAAAAAGCUAAAAACUAAAUAGGUAAUAAGCUCCCAGCUCUCAGUGUCCCUCAUCCUGGCCCAGUCACCACAACGGAUCGCGAUGUUGACUAAGUACACAGAAAAUUAACGAAAAAUUAAACGUUUGUCGUCAAAUAUACUACACUUAGCGAGACACUUCGAGACUGAUUUGAAAUUUGUCGCCAAACUUCAGAACUUUUCGAUAUGUCGUUCAAAAGUUAUGAGGCAAUUUUUGUGGCAGCCCUAAAAAAAUCUUACUCCUGUAUCACUUUCUUUGUAUCUCGAUAACUACAGCAAAUAGAUUUCGACCCUAAAAUGUCGAAAACUUGUCGAAAUUUGUCGCCCAACAGAGUUUGUCGUCACGCCGUUUAAAAGUUAGAAGAGAUCUUUUGUGAUCUUUUGUGCACGGACACUUGAUAUUUGGCGAUCAAUUCCGGCAAUUUUUCGACAUUGUUCUUGUGGAGUCAGUUCAGAAUCGCCAUCGAUUAUGGUUGCAGAGUCAGGAUAAGGGUCCUCAUAUUACAUUAGGGCGCCAUAUUUGUUAUUCAAUUAAAAUAAGUUAAUAAAGCAAAUUAAACUAUCAAACUAUCUUACCUAUAUUUAUUAAUGAAAUAUUACUAAUAAACUCAUCAUUAUCUUUUGUGUAAUGUUAGUGAAAUUUAUUAUAAUAUCUUCAUGUUUUAUGUGUUUGUAAGUACGAGUAGUUAUACUCAUACCUACCUACUAAGUUUUUUGAAAGGUCGUUCUUUAUUUAACCUGGCAGCGAAUUAAGUAAGUUAAAAAAAAUAUAUUAAUAAAUUACAGCAAAAAUAAUAAGUAAAUAGUAAAUAGUGAGCAACUAAAAAAGAUAAUAAGAUAUUCGAAUGGAUUUGAAAGGCGCGUGUUAUUUUUUUGUUGUGAAUAAAACUUGAUUUUGUCAGAUAAAAAUAGCUACUUACCUACUACUUGUUUGAUGCUAGCCAGGCCAAUUAUUUAUUAUUUAUUAAAGUACUUUUCUUAUUUGCUGAAAUGAAUUGUUUUAUAUGUUUUUGAUUACUGUGAGAAUAAAUGAUUUUAUGCAUUUAU